AUGAUUUUGGGCAUAAAGCUACUGAAGCAAUCGCGUUCGUCUUCUUCUGGCAGCAGUAGUAAUGUUAAUUCUCUUAAGGUUGCCUCGCCUGCGAGCAGUGCAGCAACAGAAUUAGCCGACAUUGAUUGGGACAACCUCGGUUUUGGGAUUAUGCCCACCGAUUACAUGUAUGUCAUGAAGUGUUCCCAAGGGGAUACCUUCUGUAAAGGCGAGUUGCAACGAUUUGGGAAUAUUGAGCUGAGCCCAUCGGCUGGCAUUUUGAAUUAUGGGCAGGGCUUGUUUGAAGGCUUAAAAGCUUAUAGAAAGAGUGAUGGCAAUAUUUUACUUUUCCGUCCCGAGGAAAAUGCCCAAAGACUUAGAAUGGGUGCGGAACGAAUGUGCAUGCCUGCUCCGAGUGUGGAGCAGUUUGUGGAAGCUGUCAAAUCUACUGUUUUAGCAAAUGAAAGAUGGAUUCCCCCGCCUGGUAAAGGUUCUUUGUAUAUACGACCAUUGCUUAUGGGGAGUGGCGCUGUUCUAGGCCUUGCACCGGCUCCCGAGUACACUUUUUUGAUUUAUGUUUCUCCUGUCGGAAACUAUUUCAAGGAAGGUUUGGCCCCAAUCAAUUUGAUAGUCGAGACUGAAUUGCAUCGAGCAACUCCUGGUGGUACUGGAGGUGUCAAGACUAUAGGAAAUUAUGCUGCUGUUCUACAAGCACAGGGUGCCGCAAAAGCAAAGGGCUAUUCUGAUGUUCUGUACUUAGAUAGUAUUCACAAAAAGUACUUGGAAGAAGUAUCCUCCUGCAACGUGUUUGUUGUAAAGUGGCCGACGUGUGAAGAGACGAAGGCGGUGCCAUUUUCGAGCAACGACGGUUUUCUUGGCUCGUCGAAAGACGACGAAAACCAGUGGCACAUCUGUCGAGCACCUCGAAGACGAGUGGUUGCGGCUGCAUAG